GUCUCUCACCCACCACGCACAGUUCUGAUCCGCGCCUCUGCUCUCAGCGCCAGGACAGUCACGUAUCCGUUACGCGCACAGAGCGCAGCGCGAGACUCCUCGUACAAGCGCAAGCGGCUCUCGCGCCACGUAGAGUCGUCUCUCGAGAGCCUUGACAGAGCACAUCUGACGAGAAUCAUAAGAUCACACUGAGAAACAACACAAAAUUGUCUGUUUUGCCCUACAAAAAUACUUAAAGACAGAAUGUUCCGAGCGUGAAGAUGGAUAUGACCUCCUGCUCUGAGACAAAGGACCUCGGACCAUUCAGUUCAUGGAGUUUUAGUGAUAGUUUUAUCAGUUCUAAACGACAGGUGACCCGGACGAAUCCAGAUUCCAGGAUCAUCGCUGAAAAAACACAAACCUCUCUGAGCCAUGCUGUCUCCCAUGUAUACAGACAGCUCAGUCAUCAUGGAGAGAGCGCCGCCCUUGCAGAAGGGAGGGAGAGUGCAACCUCAGGGCCACAAACUGCGCUCUCAUCCUCCCACCAGUGGGAGCAGUGUUUGUGCCAACCCGACCUACUAUCAUACUGUGUAUGACAUGAGUGAUGCAGCAUGCCAUGACUACAGCAAAGCCAAUGGAGGGGAAACCGUAGUGAUAGAUGGGACACUUUACUCUUUGAUGCCCAGUGACUCUCUGGUUCCUCCUGUCAGAAGGAGAGGAGGCCUAGUUGACCACCGUGAUGUCAUCAAAGCACACCAAUCCCAUAAAUUGCAGAGCACUCCACAGGCCCGACGAAAACAAUGGGAAAUGGCUCGGUUCGGAGACGAAGUGCCGGGCAGGUAUGGCGGUGGGGGCUCCGGUCAGGGGGGACCCGGCCGCGGCGGCAGCAGGCAGGGUGGCCCGCCAGGCGCCCAAAGGAUGUAUAAGCAAUCGAUGGCCCAGAGGGCCCGGACCAUGGCCCUCUAUAACCCAAUCCCGGUCCGACAGAACUGCCUGACGGUCAACCGCUCUCUGUUUCUCUUCAGUGAAGACAACAUAGUGAGAAAAUACGCCAAAAAGAUCACCGAAUGGCCUCCAUUUGAGUGGAUGAUUCUGACCACCAUCAUUGCCAACUGCAUCGUACUGGCUCUUGAACAACACUUACCAGAUGGAGACAAAACUCCACUGUCAGAACGACUGGAAGAUACAGAGCCCUAUUUCAUUGCAAUUUUCUGCUUCGAGUCGGGCAUUAAGAUUCUUGCACUGGGAUUUGCCUUCCACAAGGGCUCCUACCUGAGAAACGGCUGGAACGUGAUGGACUUUGUGGUGGUGCUCACUGGUAUCCUGUCCUCCGUGGGGUCAGAAUUAGACCUGCGGACAUUGCGAGCAGUCAGAGUGUUGCGGCCCCUAAAACUGGUGUCAGGAAUUCCAAGCCUGCAGGUGGUGCUGAAGUCUAUUAUGAAGGCUAUGAUUCCACUACUGCAAAUUGGCGUGCUCUUAUUCGUGGCCAUCCUUAUGUUUGCCAUCAUUGGCCUGGAGUUCUACAUGGGCAAAUUCCACCAAACCUGCUUCGACAGUAUCACAGGUGAGAUGGCUGAUGAACAGCCCUGUGGUAAGGAAUUUCCCGCUCGAGUGUGUCAGAAUGGGUCGGUGUGUGAUGUGUACUGGCUUGGGCCAAACUAUGGCAUCACACAGUUUGACAACGUCCUCUUUGCCGUGCUCACUGUUUUCCAGUGCAUCACCAUGGAGGGUUGGACUGACAUGCUUUAUUACAGUAAUGAUGCCUUAGGGAGUGCUUGGAACUGGAUGUACUAUGUUCCUCUCAUCAUCAUCGGAUCCUUCUUCAUGCUUAAUCUGGUUUUGGGUGUCCUCUCGGGUGAGUUUGCCAAAGAAAGAGAGCGUGUGGAGAACAGGAGCGAGUUCCUCAAGCUCAAACGUCAGCAGCAGAUUGAGAGAGAGCUCAAUGGAUAUCUGGAGUGGAUCUGUAAAGCAGAAGAAGUCAUACUCGCAGAGGACGACGAUGGCACCGGAUCUCGCCGCAGGCCCAUCAUAAAGAAAAACAAAGCUGACCUGUUAAAUCCAGAAGGAGUAGAGGACCACAUGGGAGAUGCAGUUGGUAAGAAUCAUUCAGAUCCUAAGGAAGUCAACUCAUUUCAUGAAUUAAAAUGUUUCUUUCUUUUCUAUGUGUGUAUAUUCUUAGGCUCACCUUUUGCUCGUGGGAGCAUAAAGAGUGGAAAGGGAGAUGGGACCGCAUUUAGCAAGAAAGAGCGACGUCUUCGCUUCUUCAUUCGAAAGAUUGUAAAGACUCAGGCGUUCUACUGGACUGUCCUCAGCCUGGUGGGACUCAACACACUGUGUGUGGCUGUGGUACACUACGAUCAGCCCGAACUACUGUCGGACUUCCUCUAUUAUGCUGAGUUCAUUUUCCUAGGCCUCUUUAUGUCAGAGAUGCUGAUUAAGAUGUACGGACUGGGGACGCGCCCUUAUUUCCACUCCUCUUUCAACUGUUUCGACUGUGCCGUCAUCGUUGGCAGCAUAUUUGAGGUGCUCUGGGCCAUGGUCAAACCGGGGACGUCCUUUGGAAUCAGCGUGUUACGAGCUCUCCGACUGCUUAGGAUCUUCAAAGUCACCAAAUACUGGGCAUCUUUGCGUAAUCUGGUAGUGUCGCUUCUGAACUCCAUGAAGUCCAUUAUCAGUUUACUUUUCCUUCUCUUCCUCUUCAUCGUGGUCUUUGCUCUUCUCGGGAUGCAGCUGUUCGGUGGACAGUUUAACUUUGAGCAAGGCACUCCUCCCACAAACUUUGAUACGUUCCCUGCUGCCAUUAUGACAGUGUUUCAGAUUCUAACCGGAGAGGAUUGGAAUGUAGUGAUGUAUGACGGGAUUAAGUCUCAGGGAGGGGUGGACAAAGGAAUGAUCUUCUCCGUAUUCUUCAUUGUCCUAACACUCUUUGGCAACUACACACUACUGAAUGUAUUCUUGGCUAUCGCUGUGGACAACUUGGCCAACGCUCAGGAACUAACUAAGGAUGAACAAGAAGAAGAGGAGGCCACAACACAAAAGAUUGCUCUCCAGAAAGCGAAAGAAGUGGCGGAAGUGAGCCCGAUGUCUGCUGCCAACCUGUCUAUAGCUGUAGUUACAGUAAAAUCUGAACGUAUCGAUGCCACAGACAGUUUACUGGACUGUAAAGAGCAGCAGAAGAACUCAAAAGGUUCCAAGACAGUGUGGGAGCAGCGCACAAAUGAGAUCCGCAGACAGAACCUGAUGACCAGCAGAGAGGCGCUUUACAAUGAACUUGAUGCAGAAGAUCACUGGAAGUUGAAUUACCGCAACCGUCCUGACAUGAAGACACACUUGGACCGUCCACUAGUAGUUAAUCCUCAGGAGAACCGCAACAACAAUACCAACAAGCCCCGACCGGGUGAACCAAACCCCCAGGAGCUAAACCAGCAGCGGGGGGAAGAAUACCUGCAGCACCAGUCCCGAUACCACCACCAUCACAGUCAUCAUCAUCACCAUCACCGUCACCACCACUCCAGCCGCCAGUCCCUGCACCAGCCAGAGCUGGGGGAGGCAGGCUGUGAUUGUGCCCAGAGAGGAGACGAGGACAUGGAGGGCGCAGGGGAGCACAGGCGACCCCGACACCACCAGCACCGAAGGAGGGAUGAAGAUGGAGGGAGAAAACACAGAGAACACCACAGCAGAGGGACAGAGACAGUAGAAGAAGGGGAGGAGGAACAAGAGAAGAGGCAGAGGAGGCAUCGCCAUGGAAACCAUGGGGAUGGAGAUGGAAGGAGGGAUAGAGAACGGAGUCGACAGCACAGAGCUAGAAAAGAGGGUAGCUUAUCAAUGGCUCGUCCAGUUCAGCCAGGUCUUCCUCAUGCAGAGAGCCAGUACAGUGAGGAUCUGGACAACCUGCGCAAUAGCAGCAAGAUGGCCAUCCACGACCCUGACCCCGACUUUUACGACCCCUACUGUGACCCAGAGCAGGCCAAUAACCUGCUGAACCUGCGUGGACCAGAUUUCCAUGACAGCAGUCUUAUACUGACAGACUGCAGCAAAACCCCCAGUAAACUUGACCACACUGCCAUAGAUAUGCCUCCGAUUUACCCCUCAUUCAACGCCAAGUUACAAGUGAACAAGAAUGCCAACACCGAGCCAGCUAAAGGAGGAGAGAAGAAAGAAGAGGAGGAAGACGAUGGUGGCGAUGAAGAUGGCCCCAAACCCAUUCCCCCGUUCAGUUCCUGUUUCAUCCUAUCCACAACCAACCCGUUCCGAAGAUGUUGUCAUUACAUCCUGACGCUACGUUAUUUCGAGAUGUGUAUUCUGUCAGUCAUCGCUAUGAGCAGCAUUGCUUUAGCUGCGGAAGAUCCGGUGUGGCCGGAAUCACCUCGAAACAACGUAUUGCGUUACUUUGACUACGUCUUCACUGGGGUCUUCACCUUUGAAAUGCUCAUCAAGAUGGUGGUGUUAGGCAUGGUUUUGCACGAGGGCUCAUAUUUUCGUGACCUAUGGAACUUUCUGGACUUUGUAGUGGUUAGUGGUGCCCUGGUAGCCUUUGCCUUCACGAGCCUCUCUGGGGGGAGCAGUAAGGGGAAAGACAUCAGUGUCAUCAAAUCUCUGAGGGUUCUAAGGGUACUACGUCCCUUGAAGACCAUCAAACGUCUUCCCAAACUAAAAGCUGUGUUUGACUGUGUAGUGAACUCUCUGAAGAACGUGUUGAACAUCCUCAUUGUCUACAUGCUGUUCAUGUUCAUCUUUGCUGUGGUGGCCGUGCAGCUCUUUAAGGGACGAUUCUUCUACUGCACCGACGAGUCCAAAGAGUUUGCCCGUGACUGCAGGGGCGAGUAUUUGGUGUACGAGCGCGAUAACGAGGUCAAAUCGCAGAAGCGGGAGUGGAAGAAGUACGAUUUCCACUACGACAACGUGCUUUGGGCCCUGCUUACUCUCUUUACUGUGUCCACCGGAGAGGGAUGGCCGCAGGUGUUGAAGCACUCUGUGGACUCUACCUAUGAGGACCAGGGCCCGAGCCCGGGGUACCGGAUGGAAAUGUCCAUCUUUUACGUGGUGUACUUCGUUGUCUUCCCCUUCUUCUUCGUAAACAUCUUUGUAGCUCUCAUCAUCAUCACUUUCCAGGAGCAAGGAGACAAGAUGAUGGAGGACUACAGCCUCGAAAAGAAUGAGAGAGCCUGUAUUGAUUUUGCUAUAAAUGCCAAACCUCUAACUCGCCACAUGCCUCAGAACAAGCAAAGCUUUCAAUACCGAAUGUGGCAGUUUGUGGUCUCGCCUCCAUUUGAGUACAGUAUCAUGUCUCUUAUUGCGCUCAACACCAUAGUCCUUAUGAUGAAGUACCAUGGGGCCCCUCCGACGUAUGAUGCAGUCCUGAAGAACCUGAAUAUAGUGUUCACCAUACUGUUCUUCAUGGAGUGUGUUCUGAAAAUCAUUGCAUUUGGUGUCCGAAAUUAUUUCCGAGACGCUUGGAAUAUUUUUGAUUUUGUUUCCGUUAUCGGCAGCAUCACUGAUAUUUUAGUGACAGAGCUUUGGGAUAACUUCAUAAACCUGAGUUUUCUGAGACUCUUCCGAGCAGCACGUCUCAUUAAGCUCUUGAGGCAGGGCGAGACCAUUCGCAUUCUACUUUGGACCUUCGUUCAAUCAUUUAAGGCUCUGCCGUAUGUGUGCCUGCUCAUUGCAAUUCUGUUCUUCAUCUAUGCCAUCAUUGGAAUGCAGUUGUUUGGGAACUUGGCGCUGGAGGAAGAUAGUGCGAUCAAUGAACACAAUAACUUCAGAACCUUCAUUAUGGCCCUGAUGCUACUCUUCAGGAGUGCCACAGGUGAGGCAUGGCAUGAGAUCAUGCUGGCGUGUCUCGGAGGAAUGGAGUGUGAUGAAAACUCUAGGAACGAGGGGCCAGAGUGCGGCAGCAACUUUGCUUAUGCCUACUUUGUCUCUUUCAUCUUCCUCUGUUCUUUCCUGAUGCUGAAUCUCUUUGUCGCUGUCAUCAUGGAUAACUUUGAGUACCUGACCAGGGAUUCCUCCAUUCUGGGUCCACAUCAUUUGGAUGAGUAUGUCAGGAUUUGGGCAGAGUACGACCCAGCAGCCUGUGGCAGGAUCAGUUACAGUGAUAUGUAUGAGAUGCUCAGGCACAUGUGUCCUCCGCUAGGCCUGGGGAAGAGGUGCCCAGCUCGGGUCGCCUACAAGAGACUGCUACGCAUGGACCUACCUGUUGCAGAUGACAACACAGUGCAUUUCAACUCCACUCUGAUGGCUUUGAUACGCACAGCUCUGGACAUCAAAAUCGCUAAGGGAGGCGCAGACAAACACCAGAUGGACGCGGAGCUCCGUAAGGAAAUGAUGGCGAUUUGGCCAAAUCUCUCCCAGAAGAACCUGGAUCUGCUGGUAACACCACACAAGUCAGCGACAGACCUGACAGUGGGCAAAAUCUACGCCGCCAUGAUGAUCAUGGAGUACUACCGGCAGAGCAAGGCCAAAAAGCAGCAGGCGCUUCGUGAGGAGCAGAACCGAACGCCAUUAAUGUUUCAGCGCUUGGAGCCAUCCCCGAACCAGGAAGGGGGACAGGGGGUGAACGGUCUCCCUGAGUUGCCGCAGGAACCUGUCAACAGCCUGCCUCUGGAGGGUGGAAUGAUCGAGAGCCAGUCGUGGGUGACAUCACGAGCCCAGGAAAUGUUCCAGAAGCCUGUUCCGGAAAACUGGAAUCCUGACAGACCGUAUCCUGAAGACCAUCAAGACAGCCGCCACAAUCCACAGACGGUAGAAAUGAGAGAGAUUGGGCCUGUUGGGGACGGUUACUCGGACACUGAGCCCUAUCACCCAAUGGAAGGGCAUGGGCGGACCAUCUCCAUGCCACGCCUCUCAGCAGACAACCAAAGUGUGCGUUCUGCUGCGGUAAGUGUGUUAGUGUGCUUCCUAUCUUCCUCUACACUCGCUCAAUUUUUGUCUUCUUUCUCUUUCCUGUUCCUCCUCCACCCUACCCCCACCCCCACAUACACACACACCACACACACACACACACACCACCCACAACCCCUUUCUGUCAAUGUGUUUCUGUGCUCUCCAACUUAAAUUGGGGAUCACUAUUCUUCUAUUUCUCCCAUCUCUACUUUCCACUUUACUUGUUUUUUUUCUCUCUCAUUUUUUGGUAAUAAUUACCUUCUUUCUUCAUUUUGCUUUUUAUUCAUUUCUUUGUCUUGUUUUUUCUUCCUUUUAAUGGGCUUACAUUUACCCUUUACUUUCAUUAAAAAAAAAAAUCUUUAACCUUCGUUAUUUUGCACAACCAAACAUGGUUUUAUUAUUAUUUUUUGCCUCUGUUUUACCCAUAAUGUCUAAUGGUUUCCCCCUUCCCUUUUCCUUAUUUUCAUUUUCUGGUUUUCUAUUUUCCUUUUCCGUACUUUUCUUUUUUCCUUUUUCCUUUCAUUUUGUGGUUUUACUUGUUCUUUUCACCAAUUUUCUUUCUUUCACCAUGUUUUUUUCUUCCUUUGUUUUGGUGUCUCUCCUUACUUUCAUGGACUUCCUGCGGCACUCGUCUUUUAAUUUCUUAUUCCAUCAAUCCCUUUCCUCUUGUUUUGAGAAUUUCUCACCCCUGUGAUCUUUCUCGCCCAUUCUGUCCUGUUGCACAUUGAAUUUGUCUCCAUUUUUAUGUCAUCAUAUCUCUGAUCCCCCUUGGUUUCCUACUCACCCUUUCACUUCCUCUUCCUUCCUUGUUCCAUUUCCUCUGUAUUUCCUUUAUCCUCCCCCCUCUCUUUUUUGCUCUCACACUUUCUAUGCUGUGCUCUGUGUGUAUCGUCCCUAUGGUCUCAUGUGUGUGUCCUGUUCUGCGCACGUCUGUCUGCUGUUCAACAGCGACGGAGACACAGGCCGCGAGCAAGUAACCUCAGUGUAUGUACCAUCUCUGGCUUCCUGCCUCUCUCUGUGUUCUCCAUGCUCUCCCUCAUUUUCUCUCUCUCUCUCUCUCUCUCUUGCACUUUUUGUCUGUUUUAGGAGU